UGCGGCUGACAAGGAGUUCGGCGGAACCAGAGGGCGGAGAUCGGGCCCGAGUUAUCCGUGUCCGGUGGUUUUUAGAGAGCCCCAAAAUGGUGAAGCCGGAUAUCCACACACUUGCCCGCCACCUCAAGCAGGAAAGGCUAUAUGUUAAUUCAGAAAAACAACUCAUCCAGAGGCUGAAUGCUGACGUUUUAAAAACUGCAGAGAAGCUCUACAGAACAUCUUGGAUUUCCAAACAGCAAAGGAUUAACUUGGACAGACUCAUUUUAACAAGUGCUGAAGCCUCUCCAGCUGAGUGCUGUCAACAUGCUAAGCUCCUGGAGGACACCCAGUUUGUGGAUGGUUACAAACAUCUAGGAUUUCAGGAGACUGUAUAUGGCGAGUUUCUUAAUCGACUAAGGGAAAAUCCACGGCUCAUUGCAUCAUGUCUCGUGGCUGGAGAGAGACUCAACCAAGAGAAUGCUCAAAGUGUCAUACACACAGUGUUCACCUCUCUUUAUGGCAACUGCAUUAUGCAAGAGGAUGAGAGCUAUCUGUUGCAGGUUUUACGGUAUUUAAUAGAGUUUGAACUGAAGGAAAGUGAUAACCCUCGUCGUUUGCUUCGGAAAGGGACUUGUGCCUUUAGCAUUAUCUUCAAACUUUUUUCUGAAGGAGUUUUCUCAGCUAAACUCUUCUUGACUGCAACUUUACAUGAACCUAUUAUGCAACUAUUAGUUGAGGAUGAGGAUCACCUGGAGACUGAUCCAAGCAAGCUAAUUGAAAGGUUCUCUCCAGCCCAACAAGAAAAGCUAUUUGGGGAGAAGGGAAGUGACCGUUUUAGGCAGAAGGUCCAAGAGAUGGUGGAAUCAAACGAAGCUAAGCUGGUUGCACUUGUUAAUAAAUUUAUUGGGUAUUUAAAGCACAAUACUUAUUGCUUCCCACACAGCUUGAGGUGGAUUGUCUCCCAAAUGUCCAAAACACUUUCUUGUGUGGAAGGUUUGGAUGUUGGUGAAGUGAGAUCUAUGUGCACUGAUCUACUGCUGACUUGUUUAAUCUGCCCCGCAAUUGUGAACCCUGAGCAGUAUGGGAUUAUCUCGGAUGCGCCCAUCAAUGAAGUGGCAAGAUUUAACCUAAUGCAGGUUGGCCGCCUCCUGCAGCAGUUGGCAGUUGAGGAUGUAGAUUCGCGUAGCAGGAACAAUCUCAGCAAGUUUGAUAAAAGCUGCGUUGCUGCAUUUCUGGAUGUGGUGAUUGGUGGCCGAGCAGUUGAAACACCACCAUUAUCCUCUGUGAAUUUGCUUGAGGGGCUAAGUCGCACCGUUGUCUACAUGACUUACAGCCAGCUGGUUACUCUGCUGGGAUUCUUGCGCAGUGUUAUAUCUGGUGAUAACUUGCGCGAAGAAGACCGAAUGGCCCUAGAAAACCUUUUGGCUACAGUGCCUCAAACCAAGCCAGGGAAAAAUAACAAUGAUAGUACACCUUACAGCACCCCUCAGUUAUCCCCUGCUACCACACCAGCUUGCAGGAAGAAUAGGCUGCCUAUAGUUACCCGCAGUAGGAGCAAAACCAGCCUGUUGGAGGCUGAACAUGAGAGUUCCCCACAGGAUGUGGCAACUUCAGAACAGCCAGAGGAGGUUCUUGUAAUAUCACUAGGGACAGGACCCCAGCUUACCCCCGGAAUGAUGUCUGAGAAUGAGGUUCUAAAUAUGCAGCUUGUGGAUGGUGGACAAGCAGAUGUUCCUGUGGACGACACUAAACUUCAUGGGAAGCCUGACAAGACCCUACGCUUCUCUCUCUGCAGUGACAAUCUUGAAGGCAUUUCAGAAGGUCCCUCAAAUAGAUCCAACUCUGUGUCUUCUCUGGAUAUGGAAGAGACUGGGGAGUCAGUGUCAGAGCUGGGAGCUGGACCAUCAGGCAGCAAUGGGGUAGAAGCACUGCAGCUGUUGGAACAUGAACAAGCUACCACACAAGACAAUCUUGAUGAUAAGCUACGCAAGUUUGAAAUUCGUGAUAUGAUGGGGUUAACUGAUGACAGGGAUUAUUCUGAGACUGUCAGUGAGACAUGGAGCACCGAUGUUCUUGGCAGCGACUUUGACCCUAACAUUGAUGAAGAUCGACUGCAAGAGAUUGCAGGUGCAGCUGCAGAGAAUAUGCUUGGCAGUUUGCUUUGUCUCCCGGGCUCUGGUUCUUUACUGCUUGAUCCAUGCACAGGAUCCACUAUUUCAGAAACCACCAGUGAGGCAUGGAGUGUAGAGGUGCUUCCCAGUGAUUCUGAAGCACAAGACUUGAAGCAGGAGGAGAGGCUCCAGGAGCUGGAAAGCUGUUCUGGGCUGGGGAGUACAUCAGAUGACACCGAGGUGAGAGAGGUCAGCUCAAGGCCCAGUACCCCAGGACUGAGCGUUGUGUCAGGCAUCAGUGCUACAUCAGAGGAUAUACCCAACAAGAUUGAAGACGUACGUUCAGAAUGUAGCUCGGACUUUGGAGGAAAGGAUUCAGUAACAAGUCCUGAAGUAGAGGACUGUGUGCAUAUGGUGCGGCCAAAAUUCCAUUAUCCUCGCCCUUCCCACCCACCGCCAGAUCCCCCCAUUCUGGAAGGAACAGCAGGAGGAAAUGAGGCUCGACUGCCGACAUUUGGAUCCCACGUUUUUGUUCCCACGGACUCUGAUGCUUAUAGACAGAGACACUCUUGCCCAGAGAGAUUGGUGCGGAGCCGCAGCUCAGAUAUUGCAACAUCCAUACGACGGCCAAUGAGUGAUCCUGGCUGGGUACGACGAAUAGGAAACGAAGAGAGGGAGCUGCCACCUGGUGUAGCAGGUUUAGGAGCAACAUCAGCCAUCAAUGCCUCACAAUCCUCAUCAUCCUCACCAAGCAAGGACUCCUCAAGGGGAGAGCCAGAAGAAAGGAAGGACAGUGAUGAUGAACGCUCAGAUCGCAACAAACCAUGGUGGAGGAAGCGCUUUGUGUCUGCAAUGCCAAAAGCUCCUAUCCCUUUCAGGAAAAAGGAAAAACAAGAAAAGGAGAAAGAGGAACUGGGGCCAGACAGAUUCUCCAUGCCAGAAGAUGCAACAUCAAGGCUAGGUUCCCAUUCUCAAGCUGCGGAGGAUAUUCUCGAUAAGUACAGAAAUGCUAUCAAAAGGACAAGCCCGAAUGAUGGAACUGCCGUACCUUACGAGGGAGCAGACGUAGCAGGUGAUGGAGAAAGUCUUCAUGAUUCUCCAAGGGAAGAAGCAUUACAGAACAUGACAUCGGAUGACCUCCCAGAUUCUGCUAGCCAGACUGCUCCUCCUCCUGACUCUGCUUUUUCCUAUAGAGAUGCCAAGAAGAAGUUGCGAUUAGCGUUGUGUUCUGCAGAUUCUGUUGCUUUUCCAAUGCUAUCCCACUCCACACGGAAUGGUCUGCCAGAUCAUACUGAUCCAGAAGACAAUGAGAUUGUUUGCUUCCUGAAAGUCCAGCUGGCUGAGGCUAUAAACCUACAGGACAAGAACCUUAUGGCUCAGAUUCAGGAAACCAUGCGCUGCGUAAGCCGCUUUGACCACCGGACAUGCAGCAAGAUUCUCACGUCCAUUGCAGAGGACUAUAGGAAACGAGCCUCCUAUAUUGCAUAUUUAACAAGAUGUCGCCAAGGAUUACAGAGCACUCAGGCUCACCUUGAACGACUUCUGCAAAGAGUUUUGCGCGAUAAAGAAGUUUCCACCCGAUACUUCACCACUGUCUGUGUUAGACUGUUACUGGAAAGCACAGAGAAGAAGAUUCAGGAAUUCAUUCAAGAAUUCCAGAAGUUGACAGCUGCUGAUGACAAAACUGCACAGGUUGAGGAGUUCCUGCAGUCCCUGUAUGGUGCAAUGGCCCAGGAUGUCAUCUGGCAAAAUGCCAGUGAGGAACAGCUUCAGGAUGCCCAGACUGCGAUAGAGAGGAGUGUGAUGAAUCGCAUUUUCAAGCUGGCCUUCAACCCCAAUCAGGAUGCAGAUGAUCUUCGUGAUCAGGUUUUACAUGAACACAUCCAAAGACUGUCUAAAGUAGUAUUCUCUAAUCACAGAGCUCUUCAGAUCCCUGAGGUUUACCUGAGGGAAGCUCCCUGGCCUUCAGCUCAAGCUGAGAUACGAACUAUUAGUGCUUAUAAGACCCCUAGGGACAAGGUGCAGUGCAUUCUACGCAUGUGUUCUACAAUUAUGAAUCUUCUCAGCCUUGCCAAUGAAUACUCCGUCCCAGGAGCUGACGAUUUUGUCCCCGUUCUGGUGUUUGUUCUCAUUAAGGCUAACCCACCCUGCUUGUUAUCUACUGUGCAAUACAUCAACAGUUUCUAUUCAAACCGAUUAACUGGAGAAGAAUCCUAUUGGUGGAUGCAGUUCACAGCUGCAGUGGAGUUUAUUAAAACCAUCGAUGAUCGCAAGUAAAGCCACGGCUGAUUGGAAGAAAAAAAAACAGUAACUGCUGAUUGCCAGCAGAGGGCAGCAGAGCCCUGUUCCUUGUAUCAUACAUGUACAGAUGGUGGAUUGGCCUGGUCUUUCUGGUGAAGGAGAGGAAUGCAGUGCAUUGUGCAGUCCCAGCUUGCUGACCUCUCUUGGUUGAAAAGAUUUAUAGGUGUUCAGAUAUAUGUUCCCUGUUUGGGAGGGAAAAGAAAAUCAAAUAUAUGCUUAUUUUCUUUUUCGUUAACUCCUUUUCCCUUUCUAAUGCUGCAUCAUUUUAAUGAACUAUUUACUAAAAAACAUUUAUUUUGCAGGCUUCGGUUUUUAAUUUAAUUUUGUUUCCUUUAUCUUUAGGUUUAGCAAUUCAAAAAGGGACCACAUGCUCAAAUAUUUUUAGAGAAAAACAAACGCAUAUACGAUACAGGAUUUUAACUAUAACAUAAUAGAAUUAGCUCUGGGGCUUAGUGGCAAUAACUUAUAGGAGUAGAAAAUUCCACUUUGCUGCCUAGAGAGGAGUGAAGUGCCUCGCUGCUCAAUCAUUGAAACCACCCACCUCCAAUUUUGUGUUGAAAGGGAUGCUGGGAAGCCUUUCACUUUUUCUUCAUUCUAACCAAUUUCCUCCAUAGUCUUUAACUUGUAUCUAGAGUAUGUUUCAACCCUUUGGGAGGUGACAUAGGUUUCUUU